AGAGAGAGUUGGCAUCUUUUGACCAAAUGAACCCAUACAGCUCAAUUUCCUAAGUAAAUCCUUGCAUAUACAGUCACUUCUGCGUGCUGGCAAUGUUACGUGUAAUACAAAAUAUCAAAUCAGUGAAAUGGAAAAAGUGAUCAUAAAUCGCAGAUACUGCAAGCACUAGCACACGUAAAUCACGCCUAAUUUAAGCCAGCAGACCAGGGCGGCGGAUCGACACUUGCUUCACACUGAGCUCGACUUCAGUACGGAGAACACUGACGAUGAAGAGCCUGUGGUUGCUGGUGGCACUGGCGGCCUGUGAAGCCUUUCCGGGGGCGCGGCAGUCUACAGGAUGUUCUGGAAGCAUCACCCUUCAGGCUGGAGAGAGUGUGCGGCUGACUGCUCCGAGUGGCUAUGGCACCAGCGGCGUGUCCUGCUUCUGGGAAGCCGUUUCUCCGGCCGGCACCACCAUGACGCUGUCUUGCCCCGAUUUCCGUGUGCUUUCCAAUGGGCAGUACUGCGCUGACGUCUUCUACUUCUCUCCUUCCGGGUCUUAUUAUGAUUACAGGUAUUACUGCGGUUCCGGGACGCUGACUGUCUCCACCAGCAGCAACGUGUUCAAAGCCGCUUUUUACGCCAGCGAAAAAGGAUCUGCCGUUUAUUCGUACUUCGACUGCGUGCUGAAGGUCGUCGCGAGCGCGUGCGAGUGCGGCUCGAAGGGCACUGCCAGGGUCGUGGGGGGACAGAACGCCGACGUCGGCGAGUGGCCGUGGCAGGCGGCGCUGCGGCGGAAGCUGGCCUUCAAGGAGGUGUUCUGCGGCGCGACGCUCAUUCACCAGGAGUGGCUAGUGACCUCCGCCCACUGCGCCGUCGAGUAUCCCAAGGAGGAUCUCUACGUCACCCUUGGGGACCACCAGAAAGACCAGAAUGGCGAGACGCCCUUCGAGAGGAGUUUCGAAAUCGCCGAGGUCAUUGUUCACGAAAACUACAAUGCGAACACGGUCGAUAACGACAUCGCUCUCAUUCGCUUGAGUUCUGCGGCGUCCUACAGCCGAGGCGUGGGGCCGAUCUGCCUGCCCUUCCAGUUCGCCUCUCUGGACUUCCAGGGCCAGACGGGCACCGUGACCGGCUGGGGCAGGACGGACUACCAGGGGUCAACGAGCAACGUGCUGCAGGAAGUGGAGCUGCCAAUCCUUACGACGGCCGAGUGCCAGCAGUACCUCAAGAGCACAAUCACGAACAACAUGAUGUGCACCUACAAGGCAGGUCAGGAUGCCUGCCUGGGGGACUCCGGAGGCCCUCUCAUCUGGUCACGGCGGACUACCUGUCUCUUCUGGGAUAGUGAUAGACGUAUAGAUAUCUCGUCCUCAUCAGUGACCGUAAACGAUGCAAACAUUUCCCUUCUACAAGUUACUCAAACUACCCCCUUUUGCAGCAGGAGUUCGCCCUCAUUGAUGACUUUCGGUCGCGUCCCUGAAGACCAGGUGUCCCUAAUCAACCGGAUGUACGCGUGGCCGCACAAGAUCCAGGAGGACUUUCGUCUGGCGGAGGCGAGGCUCUCACACAAGAGGGACGUGAAGGAGACGGCUCUCAAGGCACGGGUCGCCGCCUUCGAGAACACGUGA